AUGGAUACCACUGCUGAACAUUGUAAUAUACCACCAACACCAACCUCAUCAUCAUCAUCGCCAUCAUCCACACUAUUACAUUGGGCUACAUCGAUACUGCAGAAUGAAACACAUUUGAGUGAUUUUCUAAACCCACACUUCACAAUUGGAUUCAUAUCAAAGCUGUUCAAGAUGGACGACGACCAGAUGGCACACAAUGACAGCAUCUCAUCAGCGCUAGCUCACAUCAACUCACUUGUACCUGAAAUCUUUAAUGAUAUCCCCAGCACAAUCGACAUGUCUGCCUACGGUCAUGGUGAUCAGAACCAAAUUAUACCUCUCCUGGCUUUUAUCCAAACAGAAUAUCAAGUAUAUCAUAUCAACUACAUCAUAUUAAGCAACCCAGAGCUAUCAUUCACAGCAUAUGUCAAUCAAUUCAUAUCUAUACCCACCAAUCAUCUCAAUUUGGAGAACAACUUGCUUUCAUGGUCAUCCUUCAUUCUAUCCGACUACAUGAAUGCAUCGUUUAUAGCGCCCAUCAUUGAGCUAUCCUACACUGCAUGGAAGAAUGGACAUUAUCUACUGUGUAUACUGCAUUAUCACCACCCAUCACUGGUGCCUGAUUUACAUUUGUAUCUGCAACAAGCUCAUGUAUUUGAAACGGCUAUUCAAUGCAUUCACACUCUAAAUCCAUCCUUCAAUACAAGCUGCAAGACGAUGAUACCAUUCAUGAUAGACUUGCUGUCCUGCCUCAAAAUACCAAACAAAGAGAAAACAAUGCAGCGUCAUAGAGAUUUGGAACGUUUCAAAAUUGAAUUUAAAUCAACAACAGAUGCACAAGCAGCCCUAAAUGUUACAUCACAUUCUACGCCGUCGCUCUGUAACUCUGGAGAGGAGGAGGAAGAGGAAGAAGGAUUCGAAACAUUUGGCACUAGUACGACAAUGACUUCCACCUAUACCCUGCAGCAAUUAAGGAUCACAAAGACGACUAUCACAAAGUACAGUGAUGGAACUGAAAUCCCGAGUGAUUUGGAGGAGUUCGAAUCACGCGCUACAGUACUAACCGAAAAAAUCAAUGGUUUGCAGCACCGUCUGAUACUGAUUGUACCCACACGCUCCUCCAGCUACUCGCCCUCGUCGGUUGCUUCCGACAGCAUGAUGGAGUUUUUUUUAACCGACGACAACACCUCUUCCACUCGCACAGGCGACAACAGCAGCCAUCACAGCUUAGCCAGCAACGAGGACGCAUUGCAAUUGAUUCAACAGCAGCAACAGCGUCGCAUCUUACAUCCUUUGCAAGCUGCCGAAGAGGACUAUGCUGCCUACGAUCGUAAUUUUAAGGCGCUGCAAUCCGAAUUUCAAGCUUUAACCGACGGUGAUUUGCAUCUGCUGCUGCAGGUUUAUUUACAGGAGGAACUCAAGCCCAUCUGGAGAGAUCAUCCCAAAGUCAUAUGGCGCAAGAACCAGCUUUUGCAAUUACACGGUGCAUUGAACUCUGAAUUUGAGCGCUCCGAAUGCACGCUGUCCAACUUUAGAAGAGGAUUUGCCUUUGCUCGCAUGUGUGGAUCUAUCCGCCAUGAGCUGGAUCUUGUGCAGAACAAGAUGGUCAAGUCCAUCACCACACACCACGACAUCCAGGAGCUUGAAGAUCGCAUGGAAAAGACGACCAGCAUGGUGGACACACUCAAGACCAACUUUGACGAUUUGCUCUUGCUGGCAAAUGAGUCGACCGCUGAAGAUCAGAAGGAUACGUCCUAUAUGUCCAAAUAUGAAGCCAUCACUGGUAAGAAUGAGUUGGUGCGUACCUGGGUGGAAGAGGUGCGAGUGUGGUUUGCAGAAGCUGAGCGCAUCCGACAAUGGAUCGAGAUCCGCAUAGAGCAGCUCAACAGCACAAUACUGCCUGAUCCUCUGGCAACCGUGGAACUACCAGCGUCUCCAGAGCAAGUGGAGCUGUUGAAUGCGUCGCACUCUGUAUUGGAAAAGGAAAUUGAGGCGUUUGAUAAUGAAGACAUGGCCCGUUUGAGAUCACAUGUCAAAACAUUAACAGGAUCUGGUCGAGCUGAUAAAGACCUUAGCCCUGCAGACACCACAACCAUUGAAAUCACACUGACGACACUCAUGACACUGGAUAAGCUGAUCCAUUCCCUUCGCAAAAAGAGCUACGAUUUGCAAGUUUUGACGGAACGCGUGUUAUGGGAGGAAGAGUAUACCAAGGCCAUGGCGUGGCUCAAGGAGACUGACAGCGAAACAGACGAGUUCCUGAACAGCAGUGCUCGCUGGAGAGCUGCUGAAGAAGAAGAGCAUGAGGAUGAUCAAGAAGUGCCGGCACAUGCUGUACCCAGUUUGAAGCGCGAACGACUGAUGGCCAAAGAAAAGCAAAAGGAAGAGAUUGUGCAGCAGCUGUUGACAUUGGAGCGAAAGAUGGCAGAAUUUGAUCAAGGCCAAUUCACCAAGACGGUCGACAGUUUCCAAGACUUGGACAACACGUCUAGCGUGGAGCUUCCCUCACAUCUGGAGUCUAGACAAAAUGCUUGCGAGCAGUUUUUUGAAGACCUCAUGAAGCGCAUGGCGUUUGCCAGAAACGUGGUGGAGCAGCGUCUCAAUGUCAUGGAUUUCUUGUACCAAACUGACAUGGUGAUGGAAGACGCUAUUGCUCUUCAGUUGGAUCUGUCUGAUGCUGGCUCAAAGGCUCGUCCGGGAGAUAAUGACCGAGAAAUGACAGCACGUGUUCAAAACAUGCAUGAGCGUAUUGUUCAGCUGGUGACAGCAACAGCAGGUCGGAUACCGUACCCAGUACCCGGUCUUGAGAUGGAUAAAGGUCCCAAUGCUGCUGCCAAUGAGGAAAUCAGCCAGGUCAUUACAAGAAAACGCAACGAUCUCAUCUCUACCAGUGAGCAUCUGGAUGAGCGUUUGCUGGCGUUUCGUAACGUGUUGCAGCUGCACAGAAAGACAAAAGAGCACUUAGACGAUGCGGCUCGCUUAUGCGACUGGGCUGAUGAGAGGGUUAAGAUGAUGCGCCGUGCCAAGAUCAAUGUGCAACAAGAUGUCGCGCUCACUGCUGAAGAUUUGCAGCGCUUGGAACGGGAUCGCGACAGUGUUCUUAGCAAACUCAAGAAUGGCAAAGAGAACGAAGUGGUGGAUCUAUUGACGCGCAUUCAGCUGCUGCUAGAGACAUCAAAGCAACUCGGUGUGUCUUCUAUUGAUAAAGACGGUUUGGUCGAAGUGUCGCAGCAACUGGAAGAGCGUUUUGAUCGUUUGCAGCAAAUUUUGGAAGAACACGGCCUGGAUCUAGAAGCAUUGCGUAAAAAAUUGGAAGAUGGCAAUACCUACUCUGAACACGCCCGUUCUUUGCGCUCUUUCAUCAGCGAUAUACGCCAUUCGAUGCCUGGAUUGAAGCAAACGUGUGGAUUCAUGACGGGUCAGUCAGAGGAACAGGACAACCGUCGAUUUGACAUGCUGCAUCAAUCGCUAUCCAAAAUCAAUGUCAGCUACCAAGAGCAGCAAGCCCAGUUCUCUCAGCUGUGUGCUCGAUUCAAGGUCAUGGAGCCCUCCAAGGUGGAAAACAUGGACGACAUUCGCAGCCUUCAACGCAACCUAGAACAAGACUGGGCGCAGUUGGCAGACGAAAUCAAGGAUCUGGAGCAAUUUGCAGGCAUUGUAGGCCAAUGGUACGAUCGUCAAAGACGGCUCAGUAUGGUGGAAAACGAGCUCCUAAAGGGGUUAAAUGAAGAGAUUACUCAAUUAGCCAAGACGGGCUGGGUGGAUUCGGAUUUAGCAGCGAUCCAAAGCAAGAUUGACAAGGCUUUCUUUGUACUGCAGGAGACGGACCAAGGUAUCAGUGCUGCCGACAACAAGGAGGAUCCUCUUCAAACUGCCAAUUACUCUUGUGCUCGUGAUAGACACAGCGUGCUCACCAACAAAGUAUCUACUGCUGCUAAUAACUUGAAGGCGCUUAAAUCAAACGCCAACAAGGCAAUGGCAUUCAGUGCUUUUCUCAGUGCAUCAGACAAGAUGCUGAGCCAGGUCCAAGAGCAAAAGGAGGUGGUCGGCCGUCGCAUGUCUUCUGUAGGCAACAGUGGGCUUGCUGGUGCAUCCAUGGGCUCAAUUGAUACCAUGUGUAGAGAUUCGCAAGCAUCUACAUUGAAGUCUGAGCGAAAGAGUCAAGCACUUGUCCAAGGGCUGGAGUCACUGAUCUCACAAGCCAAAGCCUUGCAAGCAGAGGGCUAUGAUGCUGCGACUGUCAAUGAUCCAGUGAUGCGUAUCAAGGACAAUCUCAGCCAGCUAUCAAAUACCAUUGGACUCGAGAAGAAGCAAACCAUGUUUAUGCGCAAGAUCUACAUUCACGCCAAAGCUGCCAAUGAUCUGACUACCUGGAUCAGCCAUUGCUCCGGUGCGAUUGAUCAAUUGCCUACAGAUGUAUGUAUGCAUGAUGAACAAGAGCUGAGAGAGGAAUUGGACAAUUUAGAGCAAAAGAUGAUUGAAAUGCGGCCAACAAUUCAAGCAUUUCAAGCCAUGGAAUCUCGUAUCUUUGUCAACAAGGACGGUUUGCCUGUGGAUCUCUGUGAACUCAGCUUGGACCGUAAUGACAUCAAGGAAGCUGUCAGCAAGAGAGAGGCAACCAUCUUGAAGGCGUGGCAGGAUCUCAAAAAGCAGCAUGCGAAGGCGCGUGCUUUGAUUGACAACUCCAAGCGAGGCGUAGAGGUUGCUCGCAAGGUCAAGUCCAUCCUUACUCAAGUGGGCGAUAUGAAAGACCGUGUCAGUGCUGUUCGUAUCUGUCGAAAUACGCAACUGGACGAAGGCAUUGAAAACCGUGAUCUCAAGACAGUGCUCAGCUGCCCCUUGACAUCUAUCCCAAAUGAACAUCGCUUAGCAUCUGCCAAGGCUGAGCUCGCUAUCCUGGACCGGGAUAUGGAAGCCCACUUGCAGCCGUCGAUUCAAGAGCUAGACACUAUGUUGAGCGCUAUUCAAAGUGACCAUGAAGACAUCUUUUCUGGACAGCGUACUGAAAUCACCAUUGCCGUGCGUGGAUUGAUGGAUUUGAUGAAAACCAAGCGUAGAGCCAUUGCAGAGGCGGAAAAGAUGGAAGGUUUCUUGACCGUCAUGGAGGAACUAGAGGUGUUGCUGCUUGCCUUGACAGAAGUGGUAUCGCGUGCCUCGCCAGAGAAUGCGCGUAUCGUAGAUGGCAACUACAGUCGCACGGAUUUGCAAGCACUGCUGAUUGACUUGGACACGCGCUAUCGCUACUAUGAACCUAAGAUCAAUGAACUCAUGGAUGAAGCAAAUCAAGUGGCAGAGAACCUAAUGGAUGAUCGUCGUGUAGUGGACUGUUUGGGUCAAUUAGCUGAUAAGUGGGCUCAAAUUCAAGCGGAAGCAGCUGCCAAGAAGGCAGAUCUCAUGGAGCGCAUUGGCCCUUUGGCUGCUACAUUUGACAUGCUGGAAGCAAGAGAGGGCAUGCUGCAAGAGAGAGGCAGAAGAGCUGCAAGUUUAGUGAGAAAAUCAUCCACACCUGUGUUGAAGCAACCACCUAGCCCCAAGACAAUGCAAUCCACGCCUCGCUACAUGGCAGGUUACAACCGCACAGCAAGCCGAAACAAUACAACCACACCUGUUCCAUUCGCUCCAUCUGCAACAGCCGCUAGAGCCAACGCCAGACGCACAGCUGGAGGCAAUGUCUCUCCUACAGCCAGGCGAGUAGCGGCACGACAAAAUGCAGCACUGCAGCAACGUCAAAAAGUAACAACCGCACCAAAGACACCAGAAACCUAUGUAGCAGAUCCCAAGAACGACCUUGAUGUGGCUCUGGGUGAUAUCAUCAAUGAUUCUCCGUACAAGGUGCUUGUCAAGAUGGUCCCUGGCGAAGUAGGUAAAUACUGGUUUGGUGAUGUGAAUCCCAAACUAGCUUAUUGUCGUAUCUUGAGAAGUCGCAUGGUCAUGGUGCGUGUAGGUGGCGGUUGGGUAGAGCUGUCUCAAUUCUUGAGCGAUCAUGCUUUGUUAGAAGGUGGUCAUUUCGUGUCUCAUAAAGGAUCUAGGGCUUCAUUGCCCCCUACACCUUCUGGCGUUACUUUGGAUGGCUUUUUGAACACAACUGUGGGUAGAAAUUCACCUCAAGUCAAUCGUGGUGCUAAUGGUACGGUGUCUAUUCGCGGUGGUGGCGGUGGUAGCAAUGGCAAUCAGGCUGGCAAUAGCCCUACGCUAAGAGAGUCUAGAUCGACGCCUUAUCAUCGAGGUAUUUCACCUGGUCCUGGCGCUUAUGGUCAUGGCAUCAAGACCGGAAACAAGUUUUUAGUCACUGUAGAUGGUGAUGGUAAUCGUGUGGAAGUCAAGAUGACCAAGGCAAAGAGUAAAGAAGCUAAAUUUGUUACGCCUCGUCGUAUAAACAGUUAA